ACGCAACAACAAGCAAUCAUAUUGAAAUAUAAUCAAAGUCCAUCCGCUAAUCAACAACAACAGGGUAUCAUUUCAUCAUCUCCAAUGACCAAAAUAGAGAUGGCUGAUUUAUCAAAAAUAAUAUCCAACACACAACAAACUUCUUUAGCAUCCACAUUAUCAUCAUCAUCGUCAUCAUCUUCGUCUUCAUCAUCAUCAAAUCUAGAUUCUGAAAAUACACAAAAUUCAAACACAACAACAUUAUUAAAGAUUGAGAAUCAAUGUGAUUCUCGUAUGUAUCCAUGCCCUUCAUCGGUCCGUUUAAUAUUUAAAAAGAAUCAUAUACAAGUGAAUUACAUUCCAUUUCAUUUGGGACAUGUAUUGACCACUAAUAUAUCACCACCACCACCACCACCACCAUCAUCAUCAUCAUCAUCAUCAUCGUCGACUGUACAACAAAAAUUGCCCGAUAAUCAACAACAACAACGAGCUUCAUCAACAUCAUCUGUUUCAGUUUCACCUAAAACGCCAAAAAAACAGAAAGAAUCCAAUCAUCGUAAACAGAUAAUAAAAACACCGGUACAAGUACAAAUACAGCAACAUCAACAACAACAACAACAACAACAAAAAAUGGGUCAACUGUUGCAAACGAAUUUUCUAUCCACGGCCAAUAACAAUCAACAUCAUCAGGUGAUAGCCAUUGCUACUACACCAAAUGGACAACAACAGCAGCAGCAACAAACUAUACAAAUCAGUCCGCAACAAUUAGCCGGAUUAGCAUCGGCAGGAAAUAUUCAAUUGGCUACAACCGGCACUACAAGAGGAUCAAAACUUAUACAUUUACCAUUGGUUAAUUUGUCAGCUGUCGGUGGUAAUCUUGUACUAACAACGGCCAAUCCUCAUCAACAUCAGAAUCAUUCAAAUCCAACACAGCUUCAGCAACAUUUACACCAAUCAUCAUCACAAACAGCAUCGGCUACUGCCCAUUCAUUUCAGGUACAGAUUUCUGGGGGCUCAUUAGGAUCUGCUAAGAUAUUGACUACAUCUCCUAGCAAUAAACUGAUGGCCAUACCAAUUGAAAAAACGACAACAACGACAAUGAAAACAAAUCUGGCACAUGUAGAUGUAUCGACACAAAGUGAUACCUUACCGUCAUCUUCAGCUACGUUGAAUCAGUUGAAUUUUCAACAAUUGAUCGAUAAUCAAAACAAUCAACAACAAACGACAACCACGAAGACACAGCAAAUACAAUUGAUGUCAGCUACGACAAUUCCGACGGCCAAAGUUUCACAACAGGUUCAGCAACAACAACAAAUAAAUAGUUCAUUCCAGGCAAUGACAUAUCAACCAACACAUCAAUCAUAUCAGCUUGCAGAUUCAUCAUCAUCAGCAUCGACAUCUACAUCGAUUAAUCCAUCAUCAAUGAUGAUGACUAUGUCAAACGAUACAAUCGGAUCAACAGCAGUUGCACAGCAGGCAUCAACAUCGACAAUAAAUACCGCCGCAAUACAACAACAACAACAACAAAGCAAUGGAUUAGUAAUUGUCUCAUUGGAGAAAGGAUUGGAAACAGUACAAGAACAAUCUCGGCCAAGAAAAAAACAACUUCGUACCAUAUUUGAACAAAUCCUGGAUUCCUGUUUCACUGAAUCGGAUUUCGAUAUAUUGGAAUCAUCAUUAACAUCGGUAGCAACACAUUUUCAAUUGGCAGAUGAUACUACCACCACUACAACAUUAUUGACAACACCACCACCACCACCACCAUCAUCAUCAUCAUCAUCAUCAUCAUCAGCAGCAGUAAUGAAUUCAAAUCAUUCGAUUAUUGUUUCGAAACAACAACCAAUGUAAUCAACAAUGGAAUGGAAUGAAAUUUGAAUAUUUUUCCCGUUUGGGAAUUCUAGUCUAAAAUUUCUAAAAUCCAUCUCGAAUAUAUAAAAUAUAUCUACCUUUGAUCAAAAUCAACCAUAACGAUAUUGACGCUCAUUACAUAUUAUUAUGGCGAAAAAAUUUUUUCAUUG